AUGGCUCACGAUAUUGCUUUCAUUGUUGCAGAAUGUGCGAUACGACUGCGGGCCGUCCGAAAUGGAAGAGUUCAUUCGGGACACCUUCCAAGGACGCACGGUUGCCGUCUUCUCGUACCCCAACCUUCAUCAAAAAACGCAAUGCUCAUCGAACUCCACAAACUUAACGUUCCCUGCGCAGCAGGAUUUAUACGAUUCGCGCCGAACACACCCCCGCUGUGUGGGAAACUUGAGCAAAUUCCUUAUCCGAACAAAAGGUUCAUGUACUCAUCUACCUCAAAAAACCCCACUCUUGAGCUCCACGGCCGACCCACGUUCGCCGCGACCUACCGUCUAGUAGACCACUGCCAUGACGUUCUACUGACGGCUAGAAACGGCUCGUUCGAAGUCGGACCUUCCAUCAAACUCUUAUGCUCCUACAAAAUUCACUUGCCUUACGGAAAUCGUGUAGCUCUACGACUCCAAAUGGGAACGGGACCAAUGUGGGUUAAAGAAAAUGAUAUAUCUAAUAUAAUUCACGAGGACGUACUCGCUUUAUGUAAAGGAAUGGAACUGGCAUUAGAAGAUGGGGAUUCUAGAUGGAAGCACUGUUCGCAGCCAGGCGAUCCCUUAAGGAGCGUACAAAUCAUAUCCGAAGGAAACUCUGUCCGUCUGAAUAUAAGUAUCUUAGCUAAGAAGAAUUCUUCUGCGAUGUGGUUGAAGUUGUGGUGGAUGGAUAAACCUAUUAAGGAGGUGGUCGGACACUGUGAUUACGGUUGGGUCUUGUCUGGUGAUUUUUGUAUAACUGCUGUGAGAGAAACCAAGAGGGCAUGGAGACAAGCGGAAGCUGAAUGUGUUCGACUAGGAGGACAUCUUGCAAGCAUUCUCACAGAUAGACAACAACAGAUAAUGGACAAAAUGUUAAUACACGCGUAA